AAUGAGGAUGAAGAUGAUGGUGGUAGUUGGAUUCGGUUGUUUGUUGUUCCUUUUGCACGGAUGCUGCGUAUCAGCUGAUGGAGAGGAUGCUGGAAACAGUUCCGCGUGUCCUAACGACCGAACCAUUAACCUCACGGCAUACUACGAGAUGCCACCGCUCUACCAGUACGACGAUUACGAUCGCUGCUUAGCGAAGCCCGGAGCUAUCUACUGUCUGGUCGAUGGUUGGAUUGUACCGAAUGCUACCAACCCUCGCUGGACGGUGAUACGGCAGUUUUCGGUCGACACGAAACGGAGCUUCCGGCAUGAUCGGCUCCAGCGGGGUCUUUGCAUGGAUCGGUGUCACCAGCUGCUCGGCCGGUUUGAUCAUCGAACGCAGAUGAAGUAUUUCCUGGCGCGUUUCGAGCCCAAUGGUGCCGAGGAGAUCACAUUCGAUCCGAACACGUUCCGUGGGGCACUCGAUUGGCGCAACCGGUACCGCCGAUUAGCCAAUCAAUGUGUCAAUUACGAGCUCAAGCGUCAAUACGCCCUGAUGGCGUACUCUACCGUCGAGUACUGUACGACACGACGAGCCGAUGGUGACGUAGAAAAAUCUGCGCCACAACCACCAGCAACAGUGGCAGCAUCCUUAGAUGGCGUAGACGUGCUGUUUCUAGUCGUCCUUGGACUGCUGCUCCUCCUGGCAACGCUCUCGACGGGUUACGAUUGCCAUCGGCAUCGGAUAGGACCAUCAAGCGAGGUCGGAACGGAAUCGGAUCGGGUGAAGGAUUACUAUCGAUCCGUUGGAGCGAUGGGACUGACCAAUCGCUUGCUGGUGGCCUUUUCUCUCUCUCGCAACUGGCACACACUGACAACGGUUCCGGGGAAAAAGCGCCUCACCACUGGCCACCCACCAUCAUCACGGGAUGACCUUCGUUUCAUUCAUGCCGUCCGCUUUCUCAUCAUGUAUCUCGUUAUCGCUGGCCAUUCGAUGCUGUUCAACUGUAUCCUUCCGCUACUCAAUCCCGAGUACGUCGAGAUGCACUAUCGGCGCUUUGUGACGAUGUUGAUUCUGAACGGUGUCACCGUUGUGCAGACGUUCUUCACGAUCAGUGGCUUCCUGUUGGCGAUUCAGUUUAGCGGACAGUUCACCGAUCAGCGACACCCGUUCGGUUGCCGGGAGAUGUUCCAGAGCAUUCUUUAUCGGUUUCUAAGGUUAACGCCGGUGUACGGGUUCAUGAUGCUGCUGGAUGCCACGUGGUUGAUCCGGGUACAGGAUGGCCCGAUCUGGAAGCGUCUGGCCGAAACGGAGCGUACCUUUUGCCGCAACAACUGGUGGGCGAACGUGCUGUACGUCAACAACUACCUCACCGUAUCGGAACCGUGCCUUCAGCAGAGCUGGUACCUGGCGACCGAUUUCCAGCUGUUCGUUCUCGGAUUGUUACUACUCGGUGUGACGUGCCGUUAUCCGAAAACACGGAAGCCACUGUUUGCGUUCGCUUCGGUUGCCUCCAUCCUCGCACCGGCCAUCGUAACAUACGUGAACCGUUUCGAAGGUGUCGUGAUGCUGCGGCCGGAGGCCCUUAAGUACGUGCUGUGGUACGAUCCGAUGUACCGCCUGAUGUACAUUCCGACGCACACUAACGCUGGCAGCUACCUGGCCGGUCUGAUGGGCGGAUUGAUAUAUCGGUCGCUGAAGCAACGAGGUUUCGAUGCCGCCGGACGACGCUAUAAGCUCUUCCGCAUCCUUUGCUACACCGCACUUCCGGUGGCGAUAGCGAUGCUCCUGUCGGCGUACCUCUUUUACGCGUACGAGUUCGAGAAGCCCGCCAUCUGGAUAGCGCUUUAUGCCGGCUUUUGCCGUAAUCUCUGGGGACUCCUUUUCGCCAUCUUGUUCCUGGGGCUGGCACUCGGUGUUGGCGUUGGAGUCCUGCGACGCGUUCUCUGUAGCCCCAUCUUUCGACCGCUGGGCAAGGUGACCUACUGUGCCUUUCUGUGCCAUCUCUUCAUCAUUCGCGUCACGUUGGGCAACGUGCGGCAGCCGGUUUAUGUUAGCGACAUGCGAAUCCUGGUUUCGACGUCAUCGACGCUUGUGCUGGCCUAUCUGAUGGGAACGCUCAUGUAUCUGCUGAUCGAGGCACCGUUUGCCAAUGUUCAGAAGGUGCUCCUCUCGCCGAAACAUGAGUGUGUUUACAAGGAGGAAAUACAGUUGGUCAAGAAUGGCGGAACGGUAUCGACGAUAGGUCCAGCAAUCGGGGAGGCAGAUACGGCGACUGUUACAACCUGA